AUGCGCUCUUCCAUUCGGUCCGGCCUUCUACUGGCCGCCUCUCUCUCGACCUCCAUGGUCGAGGCAGAGCGUGUCGUCGGCGCAUACAUCUUUGCGCGCCACGGUGAUCGAACCGCCAAGAUUCUCGGCAACACCCAGUUGACCGACCUGGGCUACAAUGAGGUCUAUGAUACCGGCUCGUUCUACAAUGCGCGGUAUAUCCUCUCCAGCUCGGACAAGCAGAUUGAGGGCAUCAGCCCUCUGAUCGUCCAGGCCUCCCAGAUCAGCGCCAGCUCUCCAGCCGAUACGGUGCUGCAGAACUCGGCCACGGGUUUCCUGCAGGGCGUGUAUCCCCCAGCCGGUAGCAGUGCCAACCAGACCCUGGCCAACUCGACCACCGUCGUGUCUCCUCUCUCGGGCUACCAGCUGAUCCAGGUCACCGCUACCACCUCCAGUAACAGCAACGAGGGAGCUACCUGGCUGCAGGGCUCGAGUGACUGCCAGGCGGCCACCGUGAGCAGUAAUAACUACUACAAUUCGGACUCGUACAACGCGCUGCUCAAGUCCACCAAGGACUUCUACCAGUCGCUGUCGCCCAUGCUGAACUCGACGUUCACCACCUCGCAGAUGUCGUUCAAGAAUGCUUACAGUAUCUUUGACUAUCUCAAUGUGGCCCAGAUCCACAACUCCACCGACGAGUACCCCGCGCUCAAGGACUUGACCGAUGAGACCUACGCCCAGCUGCUCCAGCUGGCCAACAACCAGCAGUACAACCUGGCGUUCAACCAGUCCGAGCCCGUCCGGGCGAUCGAUGGUGCCGUGCUGGCGGGUGAGAUCCUGUCCAGCCUCAACGACACCAUUGCCACCAACGGCAAGUCCAAGCUGGGCAUCUCCUUUGGCUCCUACGGAACCUUCUUCUCCUUCUUCGGCCUGGUGCAGCUGCCCGCUGCCUCGGUUGACUUCACCGGUGUCCCGGACUAUGCCUCGUCGAUGGUCUUUGAGCUCGUGACCAAUGCCACUGGCACGGGUAUUCCCGCUGAGAGCGAGCUCAGCGUGCGCUUCACGUUCCACAACGGCACCAUGACCAGCAAUGCCGAGCCUACCGUCUACCCUCUGUUCGGCCAGUCGAACGAUCUCCUCUCGUGGUCUGACUUCAAGACUAGCAUUGAGAAGGUUGCCGUCACCUCCGACGCCCAGUGGUGCGAUCAGUGUGGCAACACUGACGGCAAGUGCGGCACCUCGACUGCCAGCACCAGCUCCUCCGACUCUUCCAGCUUGUCUACCUCCAGCUCUGGUGGCAUGUCGCGGGCGGUUGCCGGUGUUAUUGGCGCCAUGGUGACCCUGGCCGUGAUUCUCGGUCUGCAGGCCCUAUUCUUCCUGGUCGGCGGAUUCCGGAUUUCCAAGCGCAACAAGGCGGCUCCUGAGAUGGUCACCUCCGAUAAUGCCUCCGCGGAGAAGAAGUAA